AUGGACCCCGGCGCUUCAGGCAAAACGAGUAAAAUAUCUUCAGGCAUGAAGGCGGGUCUGGAGGUAGACAAUCAUGGUCCGGUGGCCGCCAAUGGACUCCUGGAAGCCCUAGGAUACGAGCCGGAACUGACGCGAAACCGGUCCACCCUGCAGGUGGCGUUUAUGUCCUUUGUCCUUGCCUCGAUUCCCUACGGAUUGUCUACGACCUUCGUGUACCCUCUUCUAGGCGGAGGCCCCGUGAACAUCAUCUGGGGAUGGUUCGCCGUGUCACUCAUUAUCCUGUGCGUGGCGGCGUCGCUGGGUGAAAUUACCUCGGUCUACCCCACUGCCGGUGGUGUGUACUACCAAACGUUCAUGCUCUCGGCGCCGCGUUAUCGACGGAUCUUUGCGUGGACUUGCGGCUGGUCGUAUGUGGUGGGCAAUGUCAUGAUCACCCUCGCGGUGAAUUUUGGCUCUGCGCAAUUCAUUAUCUCAUGUGUCCAGGUCUUUGAAAAGUCGCCCGGAGUCCCCGUCUGGGAAGCCGAAACUUAUCAGGUGUUCCUCAUCUUCCUUGCUAUCACGCUGCUGUGUAACGCCGUGUCUUCCCUGGGCAACAAAUGGCUUCCAUAUCUUGAUACGUUUGCCAUCUAUUGGACCAUAGUCGGUACACUAGCUAUUAUUAUUUGUAUCCUGGUAAUUGCCAAAAGUGGCAGGAACAGCGGUAAAUAUGUGUUCACGAAUUUCGAGCCCUUGUCCGGGUGGCCGGCAGGCUGGUCCUUCUGCGUCGGUCUUCUCCAAGCCGCCUACACGACCUCUUCCACCGGAAUGGUCAUCUCGUAUGUGCAGCGUGUUGCUUCGAUUCCGUGA